UUGUUUUUUUCUUCUGGUCUGCAGAAAAAAUUGGGUUCAGUUCAGUGGAAAUGCACAUAUAUGGACCGACUCGCUUAGAAUAUGGCCGUACAUGUUAGGGCGGUGCAAAGCUUCUUCCCUUAGUUUUUAAUUUAACCACACUCCAGAACGCUUGAAAGCACAAAACUUUGUUGGCGUUUGAAUCUCUCUCUCUCUCUGUUGUUCUGUCACUGUUGGAUCGAGCAUGGAGGCAAGCAAGGAAGCGUUUCUGAGGGAGUUUGGGGAGCAUUAUGGGUACCCGAACGGUCCCAAAACCAUUGACGAAAUCCGAGCAACCGAAUUCAAACGAUUAGAUGGCCUUGUGUACUUGGACCAUGCUGGUGCUACCAUGUACUCCGAGUUGCAGAUGGAAGCAAUCUUUAAGGACUUCACUACCAAUGUUUAUGGAAACCCACAUAGUCAAAGUGAUACGAGUUCUUCCACUAGUGACAUUGUAAGGGAAGCCCGCCAACAGGUCCUUGACUAUUGUAAAGCAUCGCCAAAAGAUUACAGCUGCAUAUUCACUUCUGGGGCUACAGCGGCACUGAAGCUGGUAGGGGAGGCCUUUCCUUGGAGCUGUCAGAGCUGUUUUACAUACACGAUGGAGAACCACAAUAGUGUCCUUGGGAUCAGAGAAUAUGCUCUGGAUCAAGGAGCUGCAGCCUUUGCAAUGGAUGUUGAAGAGACUGUGCAUCAUGGAGUAUCCAAUGGUACUGCAGCAUCUAUGAAGGUGUUGCAGCACCAAGUGCAAAGGAGAAAUGAAGCAAGUUCCCUGGAAGAACCAACAGGAGAGGCAUAUAACUUAUUUGCCUUCCCCUCAGAGUGCAAUUUUUCUGGUUUGAGAUUCAGCCUAGACUUGGUGAAGAUAAUUAAAGAAGAUCCGGCAAGAAUUCUGGAAGGCUCUCCAUUUUGCAAUGGGCGCUGGAUGGUCUUGAUUGAUGCUGCAAAAGGAUCUGCCACAGAACCACCAGAUUUAUCAUUAUAUCCGGCAGAUUUUGUUGUUAUGUCUUUCUAUAAGCUGUUUGGUUAUCCAACUGGACUUGGAGUGCUCAUUGCUCGAAAUGAUGCCUCCAGGUUAUUGAAGAAGACGUACUUCAGUGGAGGCACAGUCGCAACCUCAAUCGCUGAUAUUGACUUUGUUAGGAGAAGAAAAAGUGUGGAAGAGCUCUUUGAGGAUGGCACCAUUUCAUUCCUGAGCAUAGCUUCUGUUCACCAUGGGUUCAAAAUUCUUAAUUCCCUAACUGUAUCUGCCAUAUCUCGGCAUACAGCAUCUCUUGCCUGGUACGUGAGGAAGAAGCUCUUGGGCUUGAGGCAUGAAAAUGGAGCCCGUGUUUGCACACUUUAUGGAGAUUCCAAGGCAUUAUUUCAUGACUUUGGUCCUACAGUCUCGUUCAACUUGAAAAGGUCGGAUGGCUCCUGGUGUGGAUACCGUGAAGUGGAAAAACUGGCAUCUUUAUCUGGAAUUCAGUUACGGACAGGAUGCUUUUGCAAUCCCGGUGCAUGUGCAAAAUAUCUUGGCUUGUCUCAUUUGGAUCUUCGUUCAAACUUUGAGGCUGGACAUGUUUGCUGGGAUGAUCAUGACAUAAUUCAUGGAAAACCUACUGGAGCGGUGAGAGUAUCCUUUGGUUAUAUGUCAACAUUUGAAGACGCAAAGAAAUUUAUUGAUUUCGUUACAAGUUCCUUUGUAGCAUUACCCAAUUGGAUUGAAAGUGGGUAUCAACUAAUGCAAGGUUCUGAAAGCAGACUAGGAGCUGCCAGUUUCUAUCUCAAGUCUAUCACUGUUUACCCAAUAAAAUCAUGUGCAGGAUUCAAUGUGGAAAGUUGGCCUUUGAGCACUACUGCAGGUUUGCUUCAUGAUCGGGAAUGGGUUCUUACAAGCCUAAGUGGUGAAAUUCUUACACAGAAGAAGGUUCCUGAAAUGUGCUUUAUAAGUACUUUUAUUGACCUUGACAAGGGAAUAAUGUUUGUAGAGUCACCACGAUGCCAAGUGAAACUGCCAAUCAACUUUAUCACAGAUUCAUGUAAUGGUGGGAGCGAACAAAUUAAGUUAAAUGGCCAAAGAUAUGAAGUACAGAGCUACAAGAAUGAAGUCAAUAUUUGGUUCAGCAAUGCCAUUGGUCGACCAUGCACUUUAUUCCGCUGUUUUAGUUCCAAUCACAACUUUUGCUUGAAUAAGAUCAAAAGUGCAAGCAUGGGAAGAGAGGUGCAGAGCAUGUUGAAUUUUUCCAAUGAAGCUCAGUUCUUAUUGAUAUCUGAGGAAAGCGUGUCUGACCUCAGCCAGAGAGUAAGCACAAAAGAUGUACAAAAAGGUGCUUGUGGAGCAGCAAGCCAAAUAAGUCCAAUGAGAUUUCGGCCCAACAUUGUCAUAUCUGGAGGUGAACCAUAUGCUGAAGAUGGAUGGAAAAUUCUUAAAAUUGGAAAUAAGUACUUCACAUCCCUGGGUGGAUGCAACCGUUGCCAGAUGAUCAACAUUGUUCAUGACGAAGCCGGACUACUGCAGAGGUCGAAUGAACCUUUGGCUACUCUAGCAUCGUAUAGGAGAAUGAAGGGAAAGAUUUUUUUCGGGAUACUGCUGAAAUACGAAAGAAGCGAACCAGUAGGGAGGGAUGGUGAUUUGUGGCUUCAAGUGGGGCAAGAUGUACAUCCAAAUGUCUCUUAGCUUCAUGGCAUGUACAUGGAUCAACACUCCUGCAGAAUCUAACAAAUAAUGUACUUCCAUCUCUGGAAAUUAUAGAACCUUUCGGACAGAUUGGUAUACAUGUUAGUAGUCCAAUUAUAGAACUUGAUAACAGUCCUCUACAGAAGCAUUCGACCAAAUUUAUACACACUUUCUCUAUACGGUUGUGGCCUCCCAGAAAAAUGGAAUGACAUUUAUACAUGUUUGAGCUCUUCAGUGCCAA